UUAUUGUUCUUGUAGUGAACUGUGUAUAACUUCUUUUUGCACUUGUAUGAUAGUUCAAAACUGCAAUGAAAAAACAAGUGAUGCAUGAAGGAGACUGUUCUCUGCAAUCCUCCACUUUCCUCUAUCCUUUCAAGCACCAUCUAAGGUCUUCUCCACCCACUGAGACAAUGAGACUGUAUGACUGACAAAAGGGCUCACUCCAUUCAUGCUGUUGUUGUAUGGAACAAACGCGCCAAGGUGCUGAAACCAACCUCUCGUCCUGCCUGUUUGGAGAGUGGCGCUGCUGACAGUAAAUACAGAGCUUUAUGUGCACAUUAUCUUCAAUUUGGAAUACGAGAACCAAAAAGGAUAACAAGCAGUCUAUGGGCUAGAGGCGGGACCAAACGUGACGUCACCUUGAAGCUCUUCCAUCACCUUCCUAUGCAACAUACCGGCUACAUUGCAACGCUGUGACGUAAUCGAUAAGGGAAAAAAUCGAUACCGUCUCAUGUGACCACAACUGCCAAAUCCUCCUCGCCCAGUCUCCACCCCUACCCCAUCCCCCCCCUCCCGACCCUGGUGCGAGGACGCGCUCCUCCCGGGGGCGAGCGCUGCGCGGAGCGGGCAACUCUUGCUUCAUAAGAAGCCGCACAGUGUUGAUGCUCGGACGGAGAGAAGAACCGCCGCUGCUCGGUGCUGCCUGUUUACACAUCACUCGAGUGUUGCUCCAAGCGAAGAACAAAGCAACCAACGCAGCAGGUGUUGUGCUAUAGAGAUGAUGGCACCCUCCUUGAUUGUGAUCCUGGUGGUUCUGUUGGCCGCCGUGGCGCUGUCUCUCACCACCGAGCUCGGAGCGCCACGCAGCAAGAGGAGGCACAGCUCAGGAGGUGGAGGAGACACCCAACAGCACUCCCUGCAGGCUGCACAGGGCUACAGCAAGGACCGCUUUGGCGACGGGAGCCGGGCGAGUAAAGCAACACGAGGCAGAGGCGGGCCCAGCUCCCGCAGGUCAUCACAUCCCCUGGCCCGACCCGAGGACGACGGGACAGGCUUGGAGGGUCUGCAUCCAGUGCGAGUAGAGAUGGGUCCUGGCCGAGCUGGAAUGAAGAAGCACCCCGGAGAGAACCAUCUUAUGAUGUCACGCAAGGGGCGGGGCCACGAGCACCGCUCUGACUUCAGGAGACAAGGGGGGCGACGGGACAAGGGCCAGCAUGGACAAGGCUUUCUUCCAGAUCCCCAGCUUCGCGAUCUACUUCACCACCCCCCUCCCUCUCCUUUUUCUUCCUCCCCCUCCCUCGCCGUGGCCCUUCCUAGUGACGCCGCCCCCUCGUCCUCCAACGCCGCCGUUUUUGGCUCUGGCUUCUCCAUAGUUGCCACGGUGAUGAACGAGCAUCCCCCAACUCUGACCCCAGCCUCCACCAAGCCCCAGAAGUCAGGACGAGGGAAGGGGCAAGGCGAGGUGAUGCCCACACUGGACAUGGCGCUCUUUGACUGGACGGACUAUGAGGACAUGAAACCUGUGGACACUUGGCCGUCCUCCAGGAAGAAAGACAAGAGGCGAAGUAAAAACCUCAGCAGCGGAAACGCCACUGUAGAUGCCGACAUCAUCGAGCCAUGUGACCACCAUCUGGACUGUCUUCCUGGUUCUUGCUGUGACUUGAGGCAACAUGAGUGUAAAGCUCACAACAGAGGCCUCAACAACAAGUGCUACGACGACUGCAUGUGUGAGGAAGGCUUCCGUUGUUACGCAAAAUUCCACCGUAAGCGUCGCGUGACGAGGAGGAGAGGCCGCUGUGUGGUCCCUGAGUCAGUUAGCAGUGACCAAGGAGGCUUCAUCACCAUUUGAGGAGGAAGAAAAGCACCGUGACCACUUAACUUGGACAGAGGCCACAGCACAGCCAAGAUGUCCCGUGCUGGAAGCGGGUGUUGCCCACAUGGCGGAACGGGAGGAAGGUGAAACACGCGCUUGUCUGUCAGGUGGACAUUUUUAAGCACAUGUGAAUGUUUGAAUGUUUUUAUUUAUCGGUUUGCUUGUUUCUAAUGUUGGAACAUCUCCUGGUUGAUGUAUGUAUAACUAUGUGUUUUUACUAGUUUGUUCAUGUGCCCUCGUAGUACUUCAAGGUUGUUCUCAUUCAUCAUGCACAGAAGUGACUGACGUAAACGUUCUGCUGUGUCUGCUGAAUAUCAUCUACAAGCAAAGUGACGCUUCUGUAAAUAUGACGGUGUCAAUUGAUCAACACAUUUUUCUUUCGCCAUCCGAGUUUCUUGCGCCACAUCUGCAGAUAUUGAAAUAUAUUGUUUAUUUAUUACCGUAUUGUGUUUUUAAAACUUUGAAGAUUAAACUAUUUGUUGUGUAGCAA